AUGUCUGCGUCAUCCAGAACAACAGAGGAUGACAAUGAUUUUUCAAUGUCAAAUACAUUUCGUCUUUUUUCUGCAUGGAUCCAUCGUAAAAUCACAGAAUUGGAUUUGAAUAUCAACAAACUUGAAUUUUGGACAAAUCGUUAUACACAGCAUGUACAAAGUAUCUUGCAAGCAACAAAUCAAAACGAACUUACAGUUAAUACAUUAAAAACAGUAAUUUCAUCGAUUGAACAAUUAUAUGCAAAUAAAGACGUUGAAUUUUUGCUAUCUUCAAAAGAAAUGUAUGCAGUCAUACGUUACAACAAAGAACAUAACAUUCUGAUUAAAACCAAAAUUAAUACAUCGUCAAUGAAUAAAGUGGAUUUAUCAAUCGUUGAUUUAAUUAAAAAGGCACAUUCCUGGCUCUUCAAAAAUUCAUUAGAUUUAACCAAAAUUAGUAAUUAUCUUACUAAAAAUCCAACAAUUGAAACAUUCUUUAUGAAUUUAAUGAAUUUAACUAAUAAAAAUGAAUUGAAUUUACUUGGUAUCAUCGAUCAUCUAUAUCUUUUACAAUCUUCGGAUCCGAAAUUUAACUAUCUACAAAAUCUGCCAGAAUUAUCAUUUAUACAUUUUACUUUACCAUUCUAUGAUCUGGACACACAUGAAUUUCAUUUGAAACAAAAUCUAUCUUCAUCGUCAACCACAAACACAACAACAGCUGUACAUUCUGCUACAACUGAUGACAACAGAAUAACAACAGCAAUAGAUAAUGAACGAGAUUCACGCUCUUCUAGUCCGAACCGAUCACGUCACAGUUCUAUAAGCAGUGAUGUUUCACCAUCUUCACCUCGUCAUCUAUUAUUACCAAUAACAGUCGUGUCCCCAACAUCCCAUUCGAAUCUUAAUAAAACUCCAUUGAUAACAAUGAAUAACAAGAAUGAUCGUCAACAAUCACCUGAAGAUUUAAUUAAUAACGAUAACGGACAAGAAGAUCAAGAAUUAAUUGACAAUGUUAACGAUAUUAGCUCCUCUGCUGAAUUUCAAGAACGACUUCAACGACUAAGAAGUUCUUCAAGUACAGUUCCAUUUCCAGUCCUUGAUCCAUCUACAGCACUAAUAACAAAUCCUUCAACUACUAACGCUGCAGCCACUUCUGCGCGAACUAUUUCUGCUUCUACAAUUACUCAUCAUAUUUUACCGCAACGUCAUGAACUAGAAUCAUCAUUAACACGAUGUAAAUGUACGUACUGCUCAAUGAUCCUAAUUAGCAAUGAACACAGAAGAUUUAACUGCAUUGCCACCAAUACCGAUCCAAUUAAUUCUUCCGAUUCAAACCAAUUUGAAGUUUUAAAUUUAAAAUUUAAAUAUCCAUAUCUAAAUAAAGAACGCCCAUGGUUUGAAAUGUCAACAAUCAAUAUUGAUAAGGACAAUGAGACAAAAUCUUUUAAAUUAAUUCAUUCACUACAACAAACGCAAAUCUCAUCUGCAUCUAUGUUAACAAUGACUAAUAAUAAAAUGAAUAAAAAUGAUCUACCACCUGAAAAUAUAUUCAAAAUCGAACUUAAUCGGAAAAAACGAUUUGAAAAUCAUUUGGCCAUUCUUCACUCACAUAAAAAUAGGAAUUCAUUUCCAUCUUCGUUAUCAACAAUGCCACAUCCAUCAAUCGGCAAUGACUCAGAUGAAUUCAAUAAAGAAUGGAAUAAAAUCUUAAAUGAAAGUCGUCAUCAGUUAAUGGAUUUAACAUUGAAAUACUUAAAUGAUUCACUAACUGAAACAAAUACAAAAAUUGAAUCAUUAUUUCCAUCAAUUGAACCUAACAAACGUUUAGAAAUUGAAUCUAAAGUUAAUAAGGAUUUAGAACCUUUCAUUGAACGAUCUUGGUGUAAAAUGAUCCGUCACACAAUUAAACCGUCUAAACAAAAUGUGGCAAAAACACAACAACAACGACAGUAUAAUGAAAAUGACGACAGUUUUCCUACAAUCAAUCAUUUCAAUGAUAAUCUAACGCAUUCUUAUUCUAAACGAUCAAUUUUGAAAACUUGUCAACAACAACAAAAAUCAAACAGUAAAAAUAAAAAGUAA